AUGAAGUCCAUCAAAACAGCUGUCACAUACCCCAUGCACUCACAUCCCCUUCGCAGCACCUGUUAUCUCCAAUCACAGAAGAGACCUCAAACAGAGCAGCUCAUCCUCGAAAGGUGUAUCCUUAACCCCGAACGAGCAGAAACCUGCCAGUCAGGAACAGACGAUGAAGUCGGACGACAUAAAUCUCCAUACGACCCGUCCAAAACAGCACCCGAGAAGGAGCACCUCGCACUGGAGGAAGAAUACAGACUGGAAGGGGAUACCAUUCAUGACCCGCUUUUCUUCAGUCCUGCAAAUCUGGAUGUUAGUCAACUUUUGAAUCCGAUGGCUGGUGUUGUCCAUGGUUUGCACCACUUGAGGAGUGUCAAGGGCUGGACUAGAAAGCGGAGGGAGCCACUGCUGAGGACGGCGCCGUACGAAAUGAGGAAAUAUGAGAAUGUAUUCUUUGAGACAAGGAAGCCUCAACAAAAGAAGGUUUAA